AUGCAAGCGGAAUCUCAAGAGGCCGCCACCCAUCGUGAUUCGCCAGGUGACACCGCUAGCCUAGCUAGUUAUCAGCCACACGGGGCUGUUCGCGUGACACCCGCGGCUUCGGUGGUGUCGCAGGGAAGCGCGCUGGUCUCAGCGAAUCCACAGAACAUGCGAGAACCUCGCACGCCCGACAACAUGGUGACGUUCAGGGCCGAGAGCUCGGGCGAAUACGACCUCUUCAAGUCCAUGCAAGAGGCCUUUUGGUUGAGGAAUAGCGAAUGGUUCCACAAUGACGCGCGCAAGGUGAGCCGCGUCACCGAAUUCCUAUCGCCCAAGGUCAAUAUGAUGUGGAUGGAGUACAUCAAGAACAACCGGGACAUGGAUAUCACCUGGUCGGUGUUCGAAGCGUGGGCCCUAUCUCAGGUCCCCGAUCCCGUUGAGAUGCAGCGAGAGGCCGAGCGCGCCUGGUGGUCGACGAAACAGACCAAGCAGCAGGACGUACACCAGUACGCCAUCAAGCUCACCGGUAUCUACAACCGGUUGAAGAGGACGCCAGAUCCAGCAACGAGGAUCCAGCGCUUGGCAACAGGUGUGCUCAAGGAAGUAUAUGACGAGGCGAGAAGAUUCAACGCUCCCUCUACAGAGAAGUGGGACGAGUGGGUCGCCUUCUACAGCCAGAUUGAGAAGGCAAUGCCAGCACGGGUGUCUGCCCUGAAAGACUUUCAGAAGUCGACAGGCACCGGGGGCACGACGAGACCCAACAAAAGACCCUUCCGAGGGCGAGGUCAACAGGACGAUACGGCUGGAGACGCCGAGCAAAGUCAGGGAGCUACCACCGGGUCUAAGCGAGGCCGAGAUGGUGAGAGCAGGACCUGCCACUUCUGCCAAAAGCAAGGCCACAUUGCGAGAGUGUGUCGCAAGAAGGCCGCAGCGAGCGCUGCGACUGCAGAGUCGUCAAAAAAAUAG